AUGGUCGGAACGGGAUGCUCGGGAACUAAUGCCUACCGGUACGGAACAAUGCGUGAGUGGGUGCUGUCGCUCACUGUGGUCCUCGCCGAUGGCACCAUUAUCAAGACCCGGCAGCGACCGAGGAAGUCUAGUGCUGGCUAUGACCUGACCAAGCUCUUCAUUGGCAGCGAAGGCACUCUUGGCCUGGUAACGGAGGCGACCUUGAAGCUGACGGUCAAGCCUCAGAGCGAGAACGUUGCUGUCGCAAGCUUUGGCACUAUUCAGAAUGCCGCAGAGUGUGUGACCAAUGUGGUGGAGGCUGGUAUCCCUGUCGCUGGUGUUGAGAUUCUCGAUGAUAUCCAGAUGAAGUGCAUCAAUGCCAGCCAGUCUACCAGUCGCCAGUGGAAGGAGUCCCCCACCCUGUUUUUCAAGUUCACUGGCACCCCAAAUGCGGUCAAGGAGCAGAUUAGUAUGGUGCAGAAAAUUGUAUCUAGCACUUCGGGCACUACCUUCGAAUUUGCACGUGGCAAGGAUGAAAUGGGAGAACUCUGGAGUGCUCGCAAACAGGCGCUGUGGAGUGUCUUGGCGAUGAAGAGGAACCCAAAUGACCACGUCUGGACGACCGAUGUCGCGGUCCCGAUGAGCAAGUUGCCUGAUAUCAUGGAGGCAACUAAGGAAGAUAUGACUAAGAAUGGUUUGUUGGCUGGAAUCUGCGGCCAUGUUGGAGAUGGCAACUUCCACGCGAUCAUACUCUUCAGCGACAGUGAGAAGGAGGUAGCAGAGGGUGUAGUGCACCGCAUGGUCAAACGCGCCGUGGAGAUGGAGGGCACUGUCACCGGGGAGCACGGUGUUGGUCUCGUCAAGCGAGACUACCUCGAGCACGAGUUGGGUGAAAGUACAGUUGACGCAAUGCGCCGACUGAAAUUGGCUCUCGAUCCACUCCGCCUGCUCAACUGCGACAAGGUUAUUCGCACCGAACAACCGGCUCCUGGAGAGGUUAAGGAAUGGUAA